CAGAGAAAGGUAAUUUGAAAUUAGAUAGAUGUUAGCGUUACGUUUUUUUGAAUUUUUUAUUUUAUUUUUCAGUGCUACUCUCAAUCUUCCGCUGACAUCCAUCAAACAAAACAUAGCACCCUCUCUUUUGAAUCCAUCAACGAAACCCUAACCCUCUCUAACCAAACACGACUUUGCCUCAAUCACAGAGGAUUGCCUGGAGCUUCGUCUUUCGCAGUUUCGCCUUCAGAGUAAAAUUGCCCAAAAGUUAUUUCUUCAAGCAUGGAGGAUAAGCCCUAACCCUCUCUAACCCAGGUAUGAUGGCAAUACAAUUAUUGGUUAUAUAUUAUUCAAGGAAGUAAAUAAGUCCAAUUCAAAAGUUAAGGGAAAAGGAAUUGUGCUGGUAAUGAGUUCUCAUUGGGAAACACUUGCAACCAAUCUUGAGGAAUUUCAUAAAGUUGUGAUAAGUUCUCAUCUAGUGAAGAUAAAGUGGAAGUUGUUGUUAGUACGAUUAUUUAAACUGAUUCCAUUCCUGUUCUUGUGAAACUUCAGAAGUUAUGUUUGGCUGCGUGGAGUCUUGCCUUGAAUGCUUUCGAGGGAAAGUUUUUGCACUCUGAGCUUGGUGGGAAAUGCCUUGGUUGUGUUGGUUCUGUGGCUGAAGUGCUGGGAAGCUCUCUUUUUGAAGUUGAAGCGUCAAAGCUUAUUGUCCUUGCCCUCGUACAAAAAUAAUUCAAAAGCUGAAUUUGCAAUUAAUGGCGUCACCAGGUUGGUUACCACAGGAAGUGCAGUCUUCAACAACUCAAGCCUCUGUUUCUGCUUCACCUGUUGCAGGACCAUAUAUGGGCCCUUCGACUACUCCUCCUACACCUGUUCCAGUUGCAGGUACACCUACUUCAAAGGGUCCACGUGGUACCCUGGGUGACUCAUUGCAAGAAGCGACCCAACCAAACAUUGUUAAUUCUCCUGGCUAUGCUGCUCCCCCACCUUUAUUCUCAUACAAUGUGCUUCCGAACGUUAAUUCCACUUCAGGAAGCUCUCAGCAAGCAUCACCUACUCCUAUUAUGAAGUCAAAAUUGUCAGCUUCUUCAGCACUGCUCCAACCGCCGGUUCCUGGUUUAUCUGCAUCCUCUGGGCCUUCAUUUUCAUACAACAUAUUACAUGCUAGCCAUCAGCUCCAGUCUGGCAUGCCCAUUGCUCCAGGUCAUUCUGAAGGAGGAAAGAACACUAUGUCAGCUGCAGCAUCAUUGCAACCUCCUGUUCCUGGGCAGUCAGCACGUCCUAAUUCAUUUGUACCUGGAACAGCUCCACUAAUCAUGCCAUUUCCAGUACCCUCGUCUCUUGGUGUCCUAAAUGUAGCAUCAUCAAAUGCUGUUAGUUUUUCUUUUAAUGGGAAUCCUCAGUCAAUGCAGAAAGAUCAAACCUUGAAAUCCAAUCGUCCUACACAAGAAAGUGGUUCUAUGUCGUCUACACCAUCUGUUUCUCAGUCUGUUUCACAGCCUGCUUAUGGCGCUUCAAGUUCUGCAACGGCCAUAUCUUCAACUCCUAACUUGGGGCCACCAACUUUGUGGGCGCCCACAACGUCAUUUUACGUGCCACCAGGAAUUUCUGGUGCUCCUGUGACCCCUGGUCCGCCUGGAAUAGCUUCUUCUGCCCCAUCAUCAUCCAAUGUGACUGCCCCAUCUACUGCUACAGAUUCUUCUUCAGCACUCCCAAGACACAUUAUUCCAACUACUACUGUUUUAUCAAAUCCAGAUGUUCAACAUCAAGCAUAUCCUCCAUAUCCAUCUGUACCUCCUGUUGCUGCUCCUUCACAGGGACUGUGGUUACAGCCUCCUCAGAUCAGUAGCUUGCCAAGACCACCAUUUGUACCAUAUCCUGCAGCUUUUUCUGCUCCUUUUGCUUUGCCAGGUCGUGGCAUGCUUCUUCCUUCUGUUCCAUUGCCUGAUUCUCGCCCCCCUGGCGUUACUCCUUUGGGAUCUCCUGCAUCUUAUGCGGUUUCUGGUAAUCAGUCCGAAAGUUCAGGGAUGCAGCGUGAAUUACCUCCUGGAAUUGAUAACAGUAAACAUGCCAAUGAUGUUGGCAUCAAGGAUGGUGCUGCGGUCAAUGAACAAGUGGAUGCCUGGACUGCCCAUAAGACUGAAACAGGAGCUGUAUACUAUUAUAAUUCUUUAACGGGAGAAUCUACUUACAAGAAGCCUGCGGGUUUUAUAAGAGAGGUGCAGACUGAUAAAGUAACUGUAGAGCCAACUCCAGUUUCAUGGGGGAAGUUGGCUGGCACUGAUUGGGAAAUGGCCACCACGAAUGAUGGUAAACGAUAUUACUACAACACUAAAACAAAGUUGAGCAGCUGGCAGAUCCCUACUGAGGUGACAGAAGGGAGAAAGCUGGAUAGUGAAGCUUUUAAAGAACAAUCAAAGUCAGUCCCAAACACUAAUAUAUUAACUGAGAAAGGAUCCUCUCCUGUUCGUUUGAGUGCUCCUGCUGUUAACACAGGUGGUCGUGAUGCCACAGCUCUUAGAGCUUUAGGUGUGCCAGGAUCAUCAUCUGCACUGGAUCUGAUAAAAAAGAAGUUGCAGGAGUCUGGAGCUCCUGUUACUUCCUCGCCUAUUCCAGCUUUGUCUGGACAGGUUGCAUCAGAACUGAAUGGACCUAAAUCAGCUGAGGCUAUGAAUAAGGGCCUGCAAAGUGAGAACAGCAAAGACAAGAUAAAAGAUGCUAAUGGGGAUGGUAACAUUUCUGAUUCCUCUUCUGACUCAGAGGAUGUGGAUAGCGGACCAUCCAAGGAAGAGUGUAUCAUCCAAUUCAAGGAGAUGCUUAAGGAACGUGGGGUGGCACCAUUCUCAAAGUGGGAUAAAGAACUUCCAAAGAUAGUGUUUGAUCCUCGUUUUAAGGCUAUUCCUAAUCACAAUGCUCGGAGAGCCCUUUUUGAGCACUAUGUUCGGACACGUGCUGAAGAAGAGCGCAAGGAAAAAAGAGCAGCUCAGAAAGCGGCGAUGGAGGGGUUCAAGCAGUUACUGGAUGAAGCAAAGGAGGAUAUUGCUCAAAACACGGACUAUCAUUCAUUUAAAAGGAAAUGGGGCCAUGAUCCACGGUUUGAGGCACUAGACCGAAAAGAGCGGGAAGUUUUAUUGAAUGAAAGGGUUCUUCCUUUGAAGAGGGCUGCCGAAGAAAAGACUCAAGCAAUACGUGCAGCUGUUUCAUCUAAUUUCAAGUCCAUGCUUCGAGACAAAGGAGAUAUUACUACAAGUUCUCGCUGGUCUAGGUUGAAGGAUAACCUAAGAGAUGACCCCAGAUACAAAUCUGUCAAGCAUGAGGACAGGGAGUUGUUGUUUUAUGAAUAUAUUUCUGAACUAAAGGCUGCGGAAGAGGAAGCAGAACGAUCAGCAAAGGCAAAACGGGAGGAGCAGGAAAAAUUGAAGGAUAGAGAGAGAGAAUUACGGAAGCGAAAGGAAAGAGAAGAACAAGAAGUGGAGAGAAUGCGGUCAAAAGCUCGCAGAAAGGAGGCAGUUGAAUCUUAUCAAGCUUUGCUUGUGGAAACAAUUAAGGACCCUCAGGCAUCUUGGACAGAUUCAAAGUCUAAAUUGGAAAAGGAUCCUCAAGGACGUGCAACCAAUCCUUUCUUAGAUCAAUCUGACCUAGAAAAGUUUUUCCGAGAACAUGUUAAGAUAUUGCAUGAGCGGAGUGUAUAUGAUUUCAGAGCUCUGUUAGCUGAUGUUAUAACAACAGAAACAGCAGCACAAGCAAUGGAAGAUGGUAAAACAAUUCUUACUUCUUGGUCUACUGCUAAACGUCUUCUGAAGGCUGAUCCUAGGUAUGCAAAGAUGCCAAGGAAAGAGAGGGAAUCCCAGUGGCGUCGAUAUGCUGAGGAUUUGCAGCGGAGGCUAAGGUUAGUGCUUGAUCAAGAGGAAGAGAAGCUUACAGAUGCAAGAAGUAGAAGUUCUAUUGAUUCCCGGAAAUAUCUGUCAGGAUCAAGGCUGUCCCAUGAACGAAGAUAACUUUUUGCAGCAUUCUUGAUUGGAGUGAGCGUUGUUUGUUGUUGAUUCUCUUUUCUUGGUAAGCUUGAAUGGAUAGAGCCUUGUUGAUCUAGGUAAUGUGGGAAAUUGAAGAACCACCUGGCUAUGAACUGGUCCUUGGUUUACCAUAUACCCAGAAUGUUUGAGAAUUAUCAACUCAACAUAGCUCAGAAAUUGCUGCAGGAAUCGGAUUUGUUUGGGUGGUGGGAUCGAUCGUCAACUGCCCUUCAGUAGGUCACUUUGCUAACAAUAUGAUCAUUUUACUUGUAUGCUUUGCCUUUCAGAGGCUUUUGCAUACUCUGAAAUGGAAAUUGUGCCUCAGUAAUUUGUAUAUACCCGAAUAUUUUUUUACCUACCCUUCCAAAGCUUUUGAUUUCUUUAAUGUUCAAUUACAUGCAGAUGCAUAAAUAAGGACUUUUUUGUUUGUU